GACAGCUGUCAGCUGUGUGUGUGGAUAAGACAAAAACAGCUGCGUAUUAUUUAUUUUGUUUUCAAAAUUCCUUCAUAACAUUGCUUGCGCGCAAACAUAAAAUUAAAUGUGGUUGAUUUAUCAACGAAUUAAGCCUUGAACCUGCUUCCAGUGACAAGAUUUAAAUGCCGCCAAAUGUUGGCUUGGAUGGCAAAAUUCCCAUUUUUGUGUUUCCAAACACGAUCUCAUUCUACCUAGAAGACCAGCGAACUCACAAGCAAGUACUCACGCUGUACAACCCGUAUGAGUUUCCUAUCAAAUUUCAGGUGCUCUGCACUGCACCAAAAAAGUACAUGGUGGUGGACAGCAGUGGCAGCGUGGCCGCAAAGUGCUGCGUAGAUUUGGUCGUGAGACACAAACAGCCAACUAUUACAAACUGUAAUGUCAAGGACAAAAUUAGAAUUCAAGUUCAAGAUAUGGACAGCAAGCAAGAGAUUGGCAAAAGAGACGUGACCGCCACUCUAUUUUCCGGUACGCCUGACGCUGAUGAUGGGAGACAAGACAGUGAACAGUUUGAACAGCUUCCAGGAGCGAUGCCUAUGCAAGGAAAUCCACUGAUGGCCAGAUCAAUGAGGCAACAAGUGCCGUCCAGCACGAAUCAUGUCGCUGUGGUAGCUGGAAUCGCUUGCAUUUUUGCUCUUAUGAUGCCUACUGAAGGAGAUGCCGAUUCUAGAAUGCCAAUUUACCUCCACUUGUCGGUGCACCUGAAAUUGAUCUUUGCUUUUGUGCUCGGUUUAGUAACUAUGGUUAUUCUCCGACCAUCAUAAUUUAUAUCUACAUUAUUUAUAUUAUUUGAUCGGUUCGGUUGAUUAAAUCCGCGGAAUCAGCUUCAAAGUUGGGUUGCCACUUUAUCCGGCAGACAGGAAGCUCCUGUUUUCCAUUUUCAUCCCCAAUGGGCUGUAAAAUUAUUGUCUGGUGACUAUGACUUAAAAUCCUUUGUAUUCAUGGGUAAACCAGAUGAUGGCAACCAGGCUUGAAAUAUUUCCAAUUACUCAUCACGCGCCGUUUCCAAUGAAAACUCAAUCACAGCUCGGGAAGCCCAGUCCUGGUGCAGUCUUGAAAUGCCAAAUAAGUGUAAAAUGUACAGCUCAGCCAUCAGUUAUGGAAUAUUUGGAACUGCCAGUAACUGUUCAAUAUUUGGCUGCUGCAUUUGAUUCUUGUGCUCUCUAAACUUGGAGCUGAGGAACUUGAAUCCACUUAUAUCAAGUGCCUUUUUUGAUACAGAAUUAUAUUCAAUCAAAUUGAUUUGGGGAAAGCAUUCUAAAGAGUUUCGAGCACCAUGUACAUUCAAUUUAUUCCACUACUUGCGUUAAUCUGUGGUGUGUACUUCUUAUUUAUUUAUGGCAUCGACUUUUCAAAUGUAACUAAUAAAUCUUAACUCACAAAAUUGAGUAUUAUGUCAAGGAAAA